CACGUGCUCACGCGCCGCCUCGUCGCGGUUUGACCAUGUCGAGUCGUCGGCACAGCCACAGCCGCGAUAGCACAUCACGCCCUCCUACCUCUCAAUGCCUCCAUGACCGACCUCUCGUCCAUUCUCCCCGCCUUUCCUACAGCGCCAUAUGCCCACCUCCUCCCCUCACUCGAGAGGCAGGGCGUCAGCACAACCGACCUUCUAGCGCUCGACCCCGCCGCCCUCGCCAAGCGCGCAAAUAUACCUGUCGAAGAUGUCAAGCGACUCUGCACCCACGUCCUCAGGGCGCUCCAGCGUGAUCUUGGCCUCACAGGCGACGACCCAGAGACGGCGCUCUCCUCGCUCCGAGGUACGGGGAACCAGAUUUCGAAGAAGUGGGAUGCUAUCAGCACCCUCGAUCCGAGCCUCGAUGGUCUCCUGAGCGGAGGCUUCCCAGCAGGAUACAUCACUGAGAUAACUGGCGAAAGUGGCUCUGGCAAAACCCAACUCCUACUCCUGCUCCUCCUUGCAGUGCAGCUCCCAUCCCCUCACGGCCUCAACCGCUCCGCAAUAUAUAUCACCACCGAAUCUUCCCUCCCAACCACCCGCCUCGCCCAGCUCCGCGCCGCACACCCCAUCCUAGCUGAAACCUCCCUCUCGCGCAUCCUUACCAUCCACGCCCGCGACCUCGAGACCCAAGACCACAUCCUACGAUUCCAGCUACCCCUCGCCAUCCGCCGCCACAACGUCGGGCUGGUAGUGAUUGACUCCGUUGCCGCAAAUUUUCGAGCUGAGUUCGAACGCAGCGGCGACGGCGGUGCGGCGCAUGGCGCGAAUAUGGCGCUCAGGACGGCAGAGCUGGUGGGGCUGGGUGCGCUGCUGAGAGGGGCCGCGAGGAGUGAGGGCGUUGCAGUUGUAGUGUCGAAUCAGGUUGCUGAUCGGUUUGCGCCGCUGAGUGUGGGAGAGGGUCCGCGGGGCUCGUGGGCAGAGAGUCAGGGGCGCAGAGAGAGGCUGACGCUGGAUGGGCAGAUGCGGUUUUUUACGGGGUGGGGGAUGGAGAGUAUUGGGAGGAGGGGGGAUGAAGACGCCUAGUUUGGGGUUGGUGUGGACUAAUCAGUUGGCGUGUCGGG